AUGCCCGGCUGGGUCUUGGGCCACGAGGAACUUGCCACGUCGACAGAAGCUAUUCUGGCAGGCUCCAACAAUGCCUUGCUUUACUUCUUAGUAGGCGGCACGCGCGACUACCCCAUUAACACGGGUUACAUCUCGGUUGGUGAUCUAGCAGACGCGCAUGUCAUUGCGUUGUCCCCGUCUGUUUCGGGCGGCCAGUCUGUCAUCCUCUCUCAACAUCUCGAUUUCGAACAGGCAAGGGAAAUCGCGAAGAAGGCGUUCCCCGAGGCGUUUGAAAAGGGCAUUCUCAGUGACAGCGGCGUGCAGCCAACUGUGAGCAUUCCGACGGAUGCCUCCGACGGCGAGAAGCUACUCGGACGCAGGUUUGCAACUGCUGAGGAGGUAGUAAAGGAAGUUGCGGCGCAGUAUGUGAAGCUCGCUGAGCAAAGAAGCUGA